AUGCUAUCAGAAAGAACUCUUGAGUUAUUUAAAAAAUACCUUGAAGAUUUUGUAAAACUUGAAAAUGAGGUUGAGAAUAAACGAGAAUAAUUAGGACAUAAUAUUUAUUUUGAACCCUAUACAGUUUUUUGCAGAUUGGAUUAUAAAAAGUAUUUAAACGAUUAUUAUUAGAAUCCUUCACAUAGAUUUGAAUGAUCUUAAAAUGUUUUUUUCAGAUAAUGAUCUAUUAUAUUGUGAUGAUGAUUUAUUAUUAAUGUUUAGAAAACUAGAUAUUGAUAAACAUCAAUAUAUAUCGUUCAGCGAGUUAUAAUUUAAAAUAUAAUUAGGUUUUCGAGAUAUAUUUUACCUCAUAAAGAUGAAGAUUUAAAUUUUUUAGCUUAUAAUAGAUAAUCAUAUAAAAUUUAAGAAAAUAAAUUGCCAAAAUUAGUAGAGAAACAAUUAAUGUAAGUAUUUUUAGCAGAAAUUGAAUUAAAUAAGAGAAUGUUUAAUUAAAUGCAAUAAUUAAAAGCAUAACGAGAUUGGAAUAAAAUUAAUGCUUGGGAAUCAGUAAAUUCCGAAAGAAGAUGGGAUUUUAAAGUGUAAAUUAGAUUAAUUAUAAUAGUUUAAAAGAAUUUUUUGAUUAAUCUAGAAUUUAUUAUACUAUUAAAGAUUUAGAAAAUUUUAUUUAUAGAAAUAGUAGAGAAAGGGAUUAUAGAAUAAAUUAUUCUGAUUUUUUAUAUAUAAUUUUUGCUCAUUAAGAUGAGAAUAAAAAUUACAUAUUUAACACACCCCAAAAAAAUAAAAAAUAGAUAGCUGAAAAACAAUCUAAUUUUAUUGGAUAGACAAAUUUUAUGACAAAUGAAUCUACAAAUAUAAAGACUGAUAAAUUGAAUAGAAAUCGUUUAUCAUAUAGCCAUCAUCAAGAAUUACAAAGAUAAGAUGAAGUUGAAGUAAGUGAAUUUAGAAUAAAUGAAAAUAAAGAUUAGAAUAUCUUAUAAUUAUUACUUAAUAAAUUGAAAAUCCAAAAUAGAUUAAAAGGCUUGACCUUAAAAUAAUUAUUUAUUAGAUUAGAUCAUAAUAAAAAAGGUGAUAAUUUGUAUUAUAAUAGGAUUUAUAACAUUGGAUGAUUUGAUAAAUUAUUUUUAAAAUGAAUUGAAUUAGCCAUAAAAAAUUGAAGAACUUAUAAGGUUAAUGAAAUUAUUAGAUAAAAACAAAGACGGGAUAAUCUCAGAGAAAGAGUUUUGUGAGUAGAUUGUUAAACACAUGUACAUUUAAUAGUUUUGA